UAACCACCAACAGUCUGCUGCAUCUGUGGCUGCUGUCAAGGGACGAACCAAGCGGUCAGCUCACAGCAGUAAUACGGAGAACUCAGCGAGAAAUAUGCUUAAUAAACAGUAAACUUUCCAACGGAAGGAACCGCAGUAUUAUAACAUUCAAUAGCAGCAGAUUUCUACCAGUGCACCUUCCGGCCCAGUGACUGUCCACUAUGUUGUCCAGGUUGAGGACAACCUGGUCCCUGAGGCCCUGUGUCUCUGUUUGCAGAUGGGCACACACCAAAGAGAAGGGCAAGCCCCUCAUGCUCAACCCUCGUACCAACAAAGGCAUGGCUUUCUCCCUACAGGAGCGACAGAUGUUGGGGAUACAUGGUCUGUUGCCUCCCAAAGUUGAGACUCAAGACAUUCAGGCCAUGCGCUUUCAAAAAAAUCUCAAGAAAAUGACUGAUCCCCUGGAGAAGUACAUCUACUUGAUGGGCAUCCAGGAAAGGAAUGAGAGGCUUUUCUAUAGGGUGUUGAUGGAAGACAUAGAGGAACUGAUGCCGAUAGUCUACACUCCCACUGUAGGCCUGGCCUGCACACAGUAUGGACACAUCUUUAGAAGACCCAAGGGCUUGUUCAUCUCCAUUCUGGACAGAGGACACAUCCGCUCCAUCCUGGACAACUGGCCAGAGACUAAUGUUGCGGCAGUAGUAGUAACUGAUGGAGAGCGUAUUUUAGGACUGGGGGACCUGGGUGUUUAUGGAAUGGGAAUCCCAGUUGGAAAACUUUGCCUGUACACUGCCUGUGCCGGCAUUAGACCUGAGAGAUGUCUGCCUGUGGUGAUAGAUGUUGGCACAGACAAUGAGACUCUCCUUAAGGAUCCUCUGUACAUGGGCCUGUACCAGAAGCGAGACCGCUCUCAAGCCUAUGAUGAUCUGAUUGAUGAGUUCAUGGAAGCUGUGGUGGACAAAUACGGACAGGAUACACUGAUCCAAUUUGAGGACUUCGGGAAUCACAAUGCCUUCCGCUUCCUCAGGAAGUACAGAGAGAAAUACUGCACCUUCAAUGACGAUAUCCAAGGCACUGCGUCUGUAGCCCUUGCUGGUCUGUUAGCAGCUCAGAGAGCCGUCGGCAAACCCAUCACUGAACACAAGGUGCUUUUCCUAGGAGCUGGUGAGGCUGCCCUUGGUAUUGCCAAUCUGAUUGUUAUGGCCAUGAUGGAGACGGGGAUGACUCAAGCUGAGGCCAGAAAAAAGAUCUGGAUGUAUGAUAAACAUGGCUUACUAGUAAAGGGCCGACCACAGGAAACAGACACCAAUCAGGAGGCAUUUGUCCAUGACAGUCCAGGGAAUGUACAGACCUUCCUAGAUGCUGUUAACACCAUUAAACCCACCGCUAUCAUUGGUGUGGCAGGAGCCGGACGUCUGUUCACCCAUGAUGUCAUCAAGGCCAUGGGAACCCUGAACGAACGACCAAUCAUCUUUGCCCUGAGUAACCCAACCACUAAGGCAGAGUGCACGGCAGAGGAUGCCUACACACUCACUGAUGGUAGAUGUCUUUUUGCCAGCGGCAGUCCAUUUGGUCCUGUGACUCUGGGUGAUGGCCGCGUCUUCACUCCUGGACAAGGGAACAAUGCUUAUAUCUUCCCAGGUGUGGCCCUGGCGGUGAUCCUGAGUGGAGUGAGACACAUCAGUGACACCGUAUUCUUAGAGGCUGCCAAGACUCUUUCAGAGCAACUGACAGAUAAAGAGCUGGAAGAAGGCAGACUGUAUCCUCCUCUUUCCAACAUCAGAGAGGUUUCUGUCCAGAUGGCUGUCAAGGUGGUGGAGUAUGUCUAUGCUAAAGGCAUGGCGUUCCGCUACCCUGAGCCUGUGGACAAAAAUGGCUUUGUACGUGCUACUGUCUGGAACACCAGCUACGACUCCUUCCUGCCAGACACCUAUGACUGGCCAGGUGUCACCUUCAGCCCCAAGACUAACUAGAAAUAGAACAAACCUUCACUGUUCCCUAUGUUGUAAUGUCACUCUCUUCCUUUGUUUUCCAUUUUACUCUUAAUCACAGAUCUUUCGAGAUGGUCAUAGUUAUUUUAGUGCAAACGUGCUGCUGAAGAAAGCAGCAGUAACCCCAUACUGCUUCCAUGUCACUGCAUUUGCACUAAUCCAGUCUUGUGAGAUCUGUGAAAAGGUAGAGUGGAAGGUGGCACUUAGUAGGAUGAGGACAUUUGAAUGGGAAGAGCUGUUCUAUCUUCACAUUACAAUUUUUUUAUUCUUCUCGGCCUCACAUGCAAACCUGCACAGACCUGGAGGGCCACCUGGAAAAAAAAGGCAGUGUGAAAAUGUGGUGUCAUUGCUGGAACCUUGAGAUACAUUUUAAUUAUCAAGUUUCUGCUUUGAAAAGAAAAUAACAACAAGAAAUAGUAAGUAGAAUUUGGUGAAUUGCAGUAAAUUACCAUUACAUGUUCUUUAUGAUCAUCAUUCACUCUAACAGGCAGAAACCCAAAUACCAAAGCACAAACAAUAGGUAAAUACUUAAAUAGGCUUUGCUGUAUAGGAUUCAAAACACUGUAGAGACAAUUGUCAUUACUUAAGGUUAAAACGGAUUUUUACAAGAUAGCAGAGACUCUUAUGAUUGGUUUUGUGUCAGUAUCUGCUAUCUUUGUAGUCAUACAUAACUUAAGAACAAGUUGCCCUUUUGUUAAGAAAUACCCUGUGCUGUUAUCUUUGUCACCUAUUUUAAGAGGAAGUUUUUCACUCCAUAGUUAAUGUAAUGAUGACUCUAAUUUUAUUAUUUAUUUUGUCGUGUACACUCCUGAUGCUGAACUGUUAGUCUUUGGUUAGUACUGACAAACCAUUUUCAGUCCACUUACUGCUAGUCUGACUAAGUGUGACUACUUAUAAAUUGCCAAACUUUAUGCAUAGGUUUUAACAUGGACCUUGGGUUUCUGCAUUGCCUUUUUCACGUCACGUGGACCUCUGGUGUCUUCACUGAACAACCAAUUCCUGGUUUAAGACAUAUUGUUAAAGACUCCUUUCUAACCAAGUUUAUAUCAGGCCACACUGGUAACCAGCAAGAGUCUUGUAGAGCAGAGCACUAAAGAACUUGGUCUUUAUGUGCAAACUUGGAGAAAAAGAGAGAAAACAAUGCAACUUAGGGGAGAAACAAAGCAUUUAAAGAAAGAGCCCUUAACAGAAAAUUAUGAGAUUAGAAGGGAAAUUAAAUGAAAUUUAUGUCUAAAAACAUUGAAGGAAUCCUGCAGCUUGACAACACAUCCAGCAUCCACUCCAGUAUUUUAUUUGUUCAAAUGUUUUUGUCACAUUGUAUUUAUUUCUCUGAUUUUAUUUUGUUGUAUUUUUGGGUGAGGAACCUUUUUGCUUAAAUGUGACAUACAAAUUAAUAUAAUCUGUACCCGAAAUAUUUAAGUAAACGAUAGUAUCAAAUAAUUGGUCAAACAUUAUUUCUAAUUUAAUUAUAAUUACCCUACAUGCACUUUUGUGGAAACUGAGUAUUUAUAAAGUGGUAAAUAUGUCUGUGUGUGUUAGUAGGUUGGUGUGUGGGUUUUGUGCUGUGGAAGACACUCAACAGGACAACACACUUACAGGCUAGGCUUCUGUUCACUGUUCUUGAAGAAGUUGUAACAGUCAGAUUAUCUUUUUUAAAAAAACGACAGAGUUAAGCUUUGCUUAUUUAAUAAAUCUGCUAGGCCUAUAUUUUAGAGAUGGAAAUUAUAAUUUUCUAGCCAGUUGACUCAUGAUUUACACUGUGAGCUACUGCUUCAUUGUGAUAAAGAAACUGAGCAAUGCUAACAAGUCCGCUUUAACUAUCUUGGUGUUUUACUAGUGUCAGUGGAGAAGCAUUUUCUAUGAAAGCAACUAACUACUUACUAGUCUUUUUUAUUUGCACACACUGUUGUCAAGGGCAUUGGUGUUAUCUUCAAUAUGUUGAAACAUAUAAGCCACUGUGGAAAUUUUAACCUCAGGAUAUUGUAUUAGUACCUUCUGACCGCCUGCACUGAAGUGCCUGCACAGUGUUCAGUGUUUAAAGUCACUCCAUGUUCCACAGUGUAGACCUCAUAUCAUACUGUAGGCAGAGCUGAGAAACAACCAAAACAACAGCACUAUGAAAAUAAAAAAUUGCUGUUUGUUUUGCACAAAACAAAGUAAAUGUGUCGUAUUCAAUGUGCAGUUUUUUUUCUCUGAUAGACUGCAGCUUCCGGUUAUGAACACUUAAUAUAUUGUCAUAGGCAAAGUUUUAUACUCCUACUCAUAACUUUUGAAAUAGUUUUAUUUAAACUAAACUAUAUGUAUAUCAGUUAAACCCAUCAAAUGUUGUUUCAUGUGUCUAUCUGGUUGUUGUUACUGACUGUAAUCGUCCGAUGUGAGUUUUUAUCGUGUUGUGUACGGUGACUGGUCUGCUCAUGCGAUUCCUGUCAUUCCCAUGUGGAAAAUUUCCUCUAUAUUUCAUUUAAUUGUGCAUUCAUGUAGUGCAGCGUCCUUUGUGUUUCUGAAGUUUAUUUUUGUUACACGGUAAUAUUGCCUUAGCAUUUGUAUGCAGAGAGCAGCAUGUUUGUGCUGCUUCAGUGAUAUUAAAGUACAGAAUGAAACCUAUUUUA